ACAAAUGCACAGAGUAUUAAACACCCCUCUCAGGACAACCAUGAAAUGAAUGCGGUCAAAAACCCAAGUUUAUUCCAGGAUUAUUCAUAUGCGGCAGCUCGACAAUACAUCUACACCUCUGCAGCCCAAAGAGCUUAUGAGGAUGUAGACUGGGACUCAAAGUUACCUCCUCGCCACAAACCACCCACAACUACUCUGGAGAAAAUGACUGAACCUGUGAGUCAACGCUUUAUGUUGAAGCGAUAUCACAGCAGACCUGAGCUGUGGCAGGCCAUUGGAUCCCAUUGGAACAGACAUCAGUUACAUGCCACAUUUAAUGCAAGGAAACCCAUCAGCUUCACCAGUCCAUGUCCAAAAUCAGGCCAUAUACUUUUAUACUGCGGUACGGUGGGCUCUGAGAACAUGGAUAGUGUGGACGUCCCAGGAGAGGACUUCAUCCCUCUGACUAUUCUGCGCACCACCCCUGCCAGCUACCGAACUACUAUACCUGGUUACACUGGAAAAGCCCGAUUUGACAGACCACAGACAUGAGGUGUCAGUCUGCCUUCUUUACCAUAUACUCCACACAAACAGUGGGUGCAGUAG